AUGGCCUUGGCUGAUCUAGACUACGGUUUGAAGGUGAAAGACAGUCAGUUUCUCCGGCUCCCCGGUGCACAGAGAAUAGGAAACCCCACGUGGCGUAGCCCAGAAGCGCAAACGGGGAAGGGAAUCCAUAAAAAGUCGGGUGUGCUCUUGUGGGGAGUUGACUCGGUUGCAGCAGAAGAACAUUUGCUUAUCACCACUAUCCUAUUGCCUCUAUACAAUCACGGGGUUGGAGAUUCUGCACGUGGAUUUCCAGGAGCUAAGGGAAUCAGGUUUCACGCCAGGAUAGGCCGUUUUGACUAG